UUAUUCCCCCAUCCACGGUCCCGGGCUGGGCGCAUGCGCGGUGACGCGGCCGCGGUGGCGCUUGGCGGGAGCGAUGGCGGCCGCGGCCGGCGGGGACUCCGACGGCGACAGCGAGGAGCUGGUGCUCACCCCGGCCCAGCUGAUCCACAGCCUGGAGCAGGCCUGGCUGAAUGAGAAGUUUGCUCCAGAGCUGCUGGAGAGUAAACCUGAGGUCAUCGAGUGCGUUGUGGAGCAGCUGGACCAUAUGGAAGCAAACCUGAAACGGGCGAAGAGAGGAGACCUGAAGGUCAGCGUUCACCACAUGGAGAUCGAGAGGAUCCGCUUCGUGCUCAGCAGCUACUUGCGCUGUCGGCUGGUGAAGAUAGAGAAGUUCUUCCCCCACAUCCUGGAGAAGGAGAAGUCUCGAGCUGAAGGGGAGCCCUCCAUUUUAUCACCAGAGGAGUUUGCUUUUGCCAAAGAGUAUAUGGCAAACACAGAGGCUUACCUGAAAAAUGUGGCCCUAAAACACAUGCCACCUAACCUGCAGAAGGUGUCUCUCCUCAAGUCAGUUCCAAAGCCCAACCUGGACUCCUUUGUGUUUCUGAGGGUGCUGGAGCGGCAGGAGAACAUCCUGGUGGAGCCAGAGACAGAUGAGCAGAGGGAAUAUGCCAUCAACCUGGAGGAGGGCUCGCAGCACCUGAUCCGCUACAGAACCGUGGCCCCCCUGGUGGCCUCGGGGGCCGUGCAGCUCAUCUGAGGGGACAGGCUUUUCCAGGUGUGCAGCGGGCGGGCUGUCGCCCCCCCAGCCAUGCCCGUGGACCUGGCCGUGCGGCUCUGCCUGAGCCAUUCGCCCCCCAUCCGCAAACUGCUGAACUCCUACGAGGAGCUGCGGGGCAGCCGAG